AUGGUUGUCAAAUUAAAUGAAGCUGAACGUGAAACUUCUUUAAAGCCUUUGGUUGAAACACAUUCUUGGGAAAUUCUUCAGGACAGAGAUGCAAUUAAGAAAACAUUUAAAUUCAAAGAUUUUAAUGAAGCAUUUGGUUUUAUGAGUAGAAUUGCUUUAAAAGCUGAAAAGAUGAAUCAUCAUCCUGAAUGGUUUAAUGUUUAUAAUACUGUUGAGAUUACUCUUACUACCCAUGAUUGUCAAGGACUUUCUAAAAAUGACAUUGACUUUGCAAAAUUUAAAGAUGAUGCAAUGGGAUGGAUACAAAAAGUAUUAAUAAUUUCAAAGAGUCAAGUUGAUGAAAAAGAUUGUGAUGAGUGUAGUGAUGUGAUACUUGAUAAUUUAGGCUUGAUUCAUGAGAGGAAUGGUAAUAAACAACAUGCAUAUCGUUAUUUAGUCAAGCAAACUGAAUAUGCUGAGAAAGCUAAAGAUUUUAUUGGACUAGAGAAAUACAAUGAAAAUUUACAUAGAUCAUCAUCAUCAUCUGAGGAUACGAAAUUACAACAACAAUUAUGA